AGCUCGCUCACUGUUGCAUGUUUGCAUAUUUUGUACUCUCGUGUUCACUGCAAGAAAGCGCUAAGCACAGUGUGCACAUGACUUGCACGCCGCUUAAUUGGACCACCUAGAUUAUUUUUGUAACUGGGCUCCGUGCUUUUGGCAAUUCUUAGGAUUUGUAAUAUAUGUCGGCAAGUUGUAUCUCUGUGACUAAUGUAUUGUUCGCCCUCCUGUCCACAUAAUUUGUCAUUUCACCCUUUAGACUCGAGUUGAGCUAUCUUUCUUCUGUUAACAGGGAAGCCAUCUUCCUGUAGCGGUCCAUUUUGUAACAUUGCGAAGUCUGGCUGUUAUAUUUUAUCAUAAGUGACGGGUUUCUCGGCCGUUGAAUAUGAGCUGUUUUACUGUUCCUACAACCUACAGGCUUUGAUGAGUAAGUGUCAUGAAUGGUUUUACUUUCCAUUCCAGGCCAAUACUUUUCUUCUGUUCCUAAGCAUGUUGCGACAAUUUUGCGGAUAUUUAUUCACACAGAGCAGAUAGAACGAAAACUCAAACUUUGGUCAAGUAGGCGUAUCUUGAUACCGUUUACGAAUAUUCAGUAAACAAAUCCCGUGCUGUGCGUGAAUUUGUCUAAACCAAAUCAGUGGAUAAGGUGACAAUAGAUCGUAACUGAUCUUACUAAUUUGUACCGCAUUGAACUUUUCAGCGACUCGUACUUUUUCACCAACCGCCUCAGCAGCAUUCGAGUGGAUGUGGUGUUGCACAUACGUGUAUUGUCAGCAUUAGCACGCAAAUCUUCCACUUACACAGAAUGCCAAAAGUGUGAAGGCAAAUCAGGCUCAAAUCCACAUGGAGUUCCAGAGCUGACACUGAAACUGUACUACAGCGUGGAUAAGUAGCAACUCGAACCAAAGUGUGUGGUAAUUUCUCAUAACAUUGCAAUGUUCGGUGUGCUUACUUGAAUCGCAUUUCCUGUCAUUGGUCUCUGAGCUCGGUGUUUCACGCGUAAACCUUACUCUGUGCGUUGGGGUCGUGGUGAUGCGCUGCCAAGUUUGCCCUCGUACCGGCUCGAAUGCGGUGACCAUGUUCUUCAGAAAAUUCCGCGUCACCGUGAGGACUAGAGACAUUGACUGCGAGUGAACUUUGUGUAUCCGAGCACUUCAAAAGCUUUCGAAGAAAAACGGAGAUGUACUCCACGGAUCGGGAAGAUCAAAAACUGCCCUGCCUCUACGUGCCACUGGGGCUGUCCUUCCUGGCACUCAUCCUCCUGUCGGGGAGGCUGUACGAGGCGAGCAAGGAGAUCGCCUUCCUGCGCGUGGUGCUGGCAGCAUGGAUGCCCUCCGAGUCGGACCUCUUGAUGGGAAGCGGCGACGACCACAAGAGCCUCGUGUUGGACCGCACACGACAGACGUUGACGAACCUCAAGGGCGACCUCGAGGCCUUUCUGCUGGAACUGACGUCGGCGCGGACGACGCUCGCCCUGAGCGUGGUGUUCGUGAUCAUCUACAUUCUCAGCUGGUGGUGGAUGGCGUUCGCCCUCAAGCAGGCCAAGGAUGACGGUAGCGUAUCCUUGCGGACGGUGCUGCUUCUGUCCGUGUUUGCAGCCGUGGAUAUCGCUGCCAGCACUGGCUUCGUCCUGCUACGAAUUAUUAUGUACGUCAUGCGAGACCGUCUCUACCCCAUGACGAUGCGAACGCCAUAUAUCACCGAAGCGGACCAAUUCGCUGCCUUCACCGCGCUGCGACUGGCGACACUAAAGUCAAGCUGCGGGACCACGGAUGUUCUCGUGUCUAUCGUUGUGGGCUUCCUGACCGGGCUACGGAUAUACAGCGUGGCUUGCGUCAUCUCAUUUUACAAGAAAGCCAAGAAUGGUGGCUUGAGCGCCUUUCGUAAAGAGCUGUCCAACAACGCGGACUACUUUUCUGAGAGGCUGGAGCGGCUGAAGGACGUCGAAGACUACGUACCUAAGCCUAUGAUAGCACCUAUGCAAAAUGGGCGCCACAAGUCCUCGUUCUACGUGAGCAGCCGUCCCGCAGGCGCAGGCGGCUCGGAGCGGGGCGGCAUCCUCGGCGCCGGAGUCGGCGGCGCGCGCCUGACAUGUGUCACGCCCACCGCUUCUACGGUAUGCGGCGGCGAGGAAAACCCUGAGGUGAAGAUCCAGGCGGCGGACAUGCCGCAGGAGAUGCAGCGCGCCGCUGUCGAGUCGGCCACGCAGGCCGUCAAGCUGUACUCGACCGAGAAGCACGUUGCCGAGAGUAUCAAGCAGGACUUCGACCAGAUGUUCCAGCCGACGUGGCACUGCGUGGUGGGGCGCAACUGGGGAAGCUGCGUCACCCACUCCAAGCAGUGUUAUGUGCGAAUGGCCUACCGGGACAUGACUAUCCUGCUCUAUCGCUCUAUCUAAGCGUCCGUGAAUCCGGCAUGGAACUGACGGGUUACACAGAUGCUUGCAAUGAUUUUCUUGGACAAACUCUCCGGCUAGCUAGUUAGAGCUGGGGUCUUGGGGGCCCGUGUUGGGACCAUUGAAUCCAAUGGGAAAAGGGGUAUAUUCCGCGUUCCUACGCGGGCCCCAUAGCCUGCCGUUCAUUUUUGGCAUGUGAGCACAAGAAAGUCUCGGCGCAUAGCCAGUCGCCUAAAUGAUCACCGGUGCUCCUUGUUCUCACUACUGCCGUGAAGUACCUGUCCCGUGAAGUCCCAUGCAGUUAGACACUGCCCUUAUAACCUAAAGCUACGUCAGCUUGUAUGUCGGCCACCCAGGACAAAUUGGUUCAGAAUUGGCCAAAGCUUUCUGGUGGGCAAAUGCUAUGAAUAAGGCCCCCGUUCACCAGCGCCAUCGUUGUCUCCAUAAACAAAGCGGUGCAGAGAGCGCCAACAGCGACGCAGAUUAGUGGGCGCAGCACCGCCCUGAAGCCCUGUCUAAGCAUUCUAUAAAUCUUAGAGAGGCAACAACGUUUGUGUGCUCGAGAAUUUUGUAUGAUAUGACGAGUCCAUUGGACCUUGCGCGCCUGCCGGAACCACUGGUCUGGUAGAAGAUAUGUUAAUGUUCCCGAAAACUAUUUACUUUGCACUAUGUGUAAAAAUGAUAUUUCACUUCAGUGACAUUUGUGCACGGAUAUGACUUUUCUGGUUUCCAGGCCCUUUAGUGCCGGACGCCUCUGAGUGGCAUUCAGUGAAUCUCAGUUUUUAGGGCUGAGCGUGUACGCUUUUAAUGCCUAGUGGACAGAUUAGAGUCACGCGUUCAUACAGUUUUGUGUAUUUGUAGCGUGGUGAAAACCAUACGGAUGUUGUUUCUUUCUCUGUGUGCAUGAAGUGCUUCUUUACCAGCAAAUGUACUGCGGUGUGGUUUGUGGAAGACUCCCUGCACGCAUGAUGUCUGAUGAGCACACAACACAGAAUGUAAUUUCUAAAAUCUCCUGACUAUAAAAUGGCUUUUGUAGAAGCAGUUGUUUGUGAUUGCAGUGAAUGCUUUCGCAGGGCCGUGUGAUUUUACUUGCUGAGUGCCUGCUCAUUGGGAAAUAAUGCGAUACGACAUGGCAUGACAUAACAUGUAGUUAGAGGCAAGUUCAUGCAUUAUAUCCAACACUAGUGUAUGUUGAGCUCAUGGAAACGAUACAACACUAUUUAUGUACUCUUCAACUGAAAGGCCACCACCACGAUCGCAACAAAUGACACAACCACUUCAGAUGCCUGGUGUGCAUGCAAGCUCUACAAUCAAUGCGAAAAAGUCAAGAGAACGUGCAGGCUAUGUGUAUAUACAACUUUGGAAUGUCACUCAGGUUCAACUGAACUGUAUCGCAGUAAGCGUUCCCUCCCCAAUAAUUCCUAAAUGUUAAAGAAACGAUGGACAUAAGAUUGUGUUUGCACCUUCGUAACAAUAGAAAGCGCAUGUCUGGAAAUAAUCGCACAGAAGAACUAGAACAAUAUUACCUUGGUUCUCGUAGGUUAUAUGCGUACACACACGUGUUCUAUCGUCCACACUCUUAUCAUGAUUGCUUGCGGUCCCACACUGUUGUGUACACAGCCACCAUAUUGCACAUGACAAUCUUAUUUGGUGCAAUGGCCACGGGGUGAGUGUUGUGUCUGUGUGUAUGACUGUGUUAAACUGACUGUUUAGGACUGUUAUGUGAUGAUGAUGAUGAUGAUGAUGAUGAUGUGGAGUUUAGUGGCGAAAGGGCCAGAGAUGGCCAAAGAGCGCCAGGGACUUUUUUUAUAAAUGUGUGAGUACUUCUUAUUUAGCCAGAAAUUGUUUGGAGCAAUAUACUUUGGAACGUGGACAUGUUGAGUGUGUUCUGUCAUAGUCGAGAAUAUUUAAUUAUUCAUAUUAAGUAACUGAAGACCGGACAUGUGUCCGGCACAGGUAUACAUGAGCAUAGCUAAAAAAAAGAGAGAAAUAGGUUGUAAGUCCCAUACAGCAGAAGAAGCCUUGACUUUUGUGUUGGUGACUCACGAAUACAUAUUCACUUUAGAAGUCUUAAUUUUUGAUGUAAUAACUUAUUUAUUGCUUCGAAUGCUUGAGUUCCUGGAACUUCGAAAUGUUCUUUUGAGUUGAAGUGUAAUACAGCGUGCACAAAAAUACAGCGUGCACAAAAUUUGUCAUAGACUUGGUCCCGUUUGUUUAACCACGUUUUAUAACACUCAUGUCAUUACAGGGGCGUACUAAUAAAGCAUUCCUUCCAAGCGUCACGAAGAUGAGAAUGAUUUCGUAGCGUGGGGUAAAGAAUAAAGCAGCUUGGAUUUUCGUUAACCAUA